AUGAGCGGCUUCGAUGGUGGUCGGGUUUACUACAGCUAUCAGGGCCAGGAGGCACCGCGUGAGCCGCUUGAAGAAGGAACUGGCUUAGCCGACAAGGAGCUGGUUGACCACUUCAAAAAAUUUAUUCAGACUUACCAGAUUGGUACCACCAGGGACGUGUCUGAGCGGCGCCUCUAUGCCGACGACCUGUAUGAGCGCCGAACACAUCUCCACGUAGACCUCAAAGAUGUCCGUGCCGCCUCCCACCGCCUGGCUGAUGAGCUCGAGGAGCGGCCGACCGAGGUUCUGCCCUUGUUCGAGGAGGCCGCCUACCAGGUUCUUCAGGACAUGGUGGCGGCGGACGAGGAGGGCAAGCCCGUUGAGGUUCAGGACGUACAGGUUCUGCUGUACAGCUCCAUUCCGUUGGCGCAGAGUCAGGCUAUGUCCAUCCGCGACCUGGAGUCGUCCCGAGUAUCAAAGCUGGUCCUGCUGACGGGCAUCAUAACGGCGGCGUCGAAGCCAAGGCACAAGGCCACCUACCUGACGCUCCAGUGCAAGACCUGUCGGGGCACCAAGCGCGUGACCUGCAAGCCCGGUCUGGGCGGCGCCUACAUGCCCACCUACUGCGACAUGGCGGACCGUCGGGCGCCUGGAGCGGCUGGCUCGGAGGGCUGCGGCCAGAACCCCUUCGUGGUGCUGCCCGAGGGCUCCAGCUUCGUGGACCAGCAGACGCUCAAGCUACAGGAGAAACCCGAGGAUGUGCCCACGGGUGAGCUGCCUCGCACGGUGAUGCUGGUGGCGGACCGCCAGUGCUGCAACAUCGUCACACCCGGAACCCGGGUCACCAUCACCGGCAUUUACAGCACAUACAAGGGCAAGGCUAUGGACAAGGGCGCCACCUCUUUGCAGCAGCCGUACAUUCGUGUUGUGUCAAUCAUGCAGGAAGCGGGUGACGCGCACAGCCGAUUCAAAUUCACCAAGGAGGAGAUCCAGGCGUUUGAGCAGUUCGCGAAGCAGGACGGGCUACACGACGAAAUCUUCGCACGCAUCGCACCCAACAUCUACGGAUCCCCGGACAUCAAGCGCGCCAUCGCCUGCCUCCUGUUCGGCGGCUCACGCAAGGUUGGAACUGCGGUCUCUGCUGGGCACCGUGGGUGGUCUCUUCCCGACGGCACCAACCGCCGUGGUGACAUCAAUGUGCUGCUGCUGGGCGACCCCUCGACAGCCAAGUCCCAGUUCCUCAAGUUCGUGUCCCGGGUGGCGCCAAUUGCGGUGUACACCAGCGGCAAGGGCUCCUCGGCGGCGGGUCUCACUGCAACGGUGGUGCAGGACGCCAACACCCGGGAGUUCUACCUGGAGGGCGGCGCCAUGGUGCUGGCGGACAACGGGGUGGUGUGCAUCGACGAGUUCGACAAGAUGAGGCCAGAGGACCGAGUGGCCAUUCACGAGGCCAUGGAGCAGCAGACCAUCUCCAUCGCUAAAGCGGGCAUCACCACCAUGUUGAAGAGCAGGACUUCAGUGCUGGCAGCAGCUAACCCGCCGUCCGGAAGGUACGACGAUCUGAAAACGGCACAGGAAAACAUCGACCUGCAGUCGACCAUUCUUUCCCGCUUCGACCUGAUCUUCAUCGUCAAGGAUGUGCGCGAGCACGAUAUCGCCAUUGCGAGGCAGGUGCUAGACAACCACCGGCUUGGUGGCGCCAUCAAAGCGCGCCGUCAGGGCGCCGGCUCGGGAGCGGCAGGUGACGUGGGCGUCGGCCAGGAGGCGCAGGACGUGGAGUUCCUGAAGCGCUAUAUCCACUAUUGCCGCAGUCAGUGCUCCCCCCGAGUCAAUGAGGAUGCAGCCAAGCGGCUGGCGGCUUUCUACGUAGAGAUCCGCAACGAGGCCCGCGCCCAGGCCAACGCAACCGACAGCGACUCCCCACCGGUGCCCAUCACCGUACGGCAGUUGGAGGCCGUGGUGCGUAUCGCUGAGUCGCUGGCCAAGAUGUCGCUGCAGCCUGUGGCUACCCUGGAGCAUGUCAAUAUGGCUAUAGAGCUGUUCACCAAGUCAACCAUGGACGCGGUCAAGAGCGGCCUCACGCAGACGGAGUUGGGGGGGGAGCAGCAGUUGGGUCACGUGCGGCGGCUGGAGGAGCGUGUCAAGAGGCGGCUGCACAUCGGCGCAUACAUGACCACACGGCGCCUGCUGGAUGAGAUGGUGGCGCUGGGUGAGCCGGAGAGCCUGGUGCUGCGUGUGCUGCUCACUAUGGCGGCAGCGGGCGAUGUCAACCUCACCCGCGAGCGCACCAUGGUGCACCGCGUCAGGUAG